GGCCAGGCCAUGCGGGAGCUGCGCUCGUCCUCCUUCUGGAGGGCCAUCCUGGCCGAGUUCCUGGGCAGCUUCCUCUAUGCCCUGCUGGGGCUGGGGGCCUCCCUGCGCUGGGCCCCAGGCCCCCCCAGCGUCCUGGGGGCCGCCCUGGCCUUCGGGCUGGCCCAGGCCACCCUGGUGCAGGCUCUGGGCCAUGUCAGCGGGGGCCACGUCAACCCAGCCAUCACCCUGGGCUUCCUGCUGGCCUCGCAGCUCUCCCUGCCCCGCGCCCUGGGCUACCUCCUGGCCCAGCUGCUGGGCGCCCUGGCCGGGGCCGGCGUGCUCUACGGGGUGACGCCAGCCCCCAUCCGCGGCACCCUCGGCCUCAGCGCGCUGCACCCCAGCGUGGGCCUGGGCCAGGGCACAGUGGUGGAGCUGCUCCUGACCGCCCAGUUCGUCCUCUGCGUCUUGGCCAGCUUCGAUGACCGCCACGACGGGCGCCCGGGCUCGGCCGCAUUGCCCAUCGGCUUCUCCCUCACCCUGAGCCAUCUCUUUGGGAUCCACUACACGGGCGCUGGCAUGAACCCCGCACGCUCCUUCGCCCCCGCCGUCAUCACCCGCAACUUCACCAACCACUGGGUGUACUGGGCGGGCCCGCUGCUGGGCGCGGCGCUGGGCGCGGUGCUGUACGAGUUCGCGCUGUGCCCGCGGCCGCGCAGCCUGGCCGAGCGCCUGGCCGCCCUCAAGGGAGAGCCGCCCGCCGCCGAGCCGCCGCCCGAGCCGCCGGCCGAGCCGCUGGAGCUGAAGACGCUGGAGCUGAAGACGCAGGGCCUGUAGGCCGGGCCCGGCCCCCCCCCCGCGCCCGCCCGCUGCUUUGCUGUGACGGGGCCGCCGCGGUGCGUGUGGUGCGUGUGUGUGCGGCGCGGCGGGGCCCGGCACCGGGGCUCGGCCCCACCGACCGACCGGGGCCGCCCCGCCGCGGCGGGAGUUCU